UUGGGGGUCCAGCGCGCAGGAUCCCCUCCUGCACGUCCACGUCGGCCGUCCUCCCCCUCCCCGGCACGGGUGGGAGCCGCUGACUCAUCUGCCUGUCGUCUCCCCCCCCCCACGACGAAGGGGAAUUCAUCGAGCGGCUUCGAGGGGCUGCAUUGCAGACCCAGACGCGCCAGCAGACAAAAGCGACGCUGCGACGCCCGCGGCUUCCCAGCACAAAGAGCCCGGCCGGCAUCAAGCCCAUCCAUCCAUCUUCGACAGCCCGAAAAUGCUGGACACCAUCAGCAGCCAGUAUGAUUCCUUCAUCUACUGGAGGAUGCCGAUCCCACGGCUGGACGUGGCGGAGCUGGAGGGGCUGGGGCUUAGUGACGUGGCCCUCUACAAACCCAAAGGAGGGCUGGGCAAGCUCACUGGCAAGCAGGAUCAGGUCAGCCAGGACAUCUCCAAAGAAGAGGACAGUCUGCUGCAGUUCAACAGCUUUAAUUUCUGGAGAGCUCCUAUUGCCAGCAUUAGCUCAUUAGAUUUCGAUCUCAUUUGAAGCCUUUCUUUCUGCCCCUCCUCACCCCCCUGCCCUCUCUUUCUCUGCUAGGCAUGUGAGGAUUUGGUUUUGUUGUCAGUUUGGAGGUUGUUUUUUGUGUUUUCAGGCAGUUUUUGGCAUCACUAAUUAACUCAGCAGUUCACCCUGGCCCUGAUGCUGAUGGGCUCCCCGCAAAGCUUCAACCUCUCUCCUGCUUGCCCCUCUUUUCUUCCCUUCUUGCAGUAGCGCUGGAAACACCACGAUGGUGCAAGCAGGGGUUAACAGUGGAAAUAUGAGGGGAGAGGGCAGAAACAGCCACCCCAUUGCCCCAGGUCCACAUGCCAGUGGGUGUGGGAGAUGCUGGGGGGUUUCUGCCACCACCCAGCACCCUAUGGCUGUGUGACCAUGGGCAUCCCCGUGCUCUAGGACAAGCGUUUGAGCUCAUUUCUCGUGUGCUUUUUUAAGAAACUCAUUUGUGCAACGGGAGCAGCGCAGAACUGAUGGGAAUAAUCUUUGCUUUGCAGACAGCAUCGUCCCUGCUCCUCUCCCAGGGACACAGAGACCCUCUGUGCUCCUCUGGCCCAGUUUCUCCAAAAGUCGCUUUGCUCCUUAACCUGCAAGGUGGAAUGCAAGGUGGAAGAGGCAGGGAUGUGCCUGGGACAGGAGCACAAACCUCUUUCUUGAAAGAAAUAAUCUCUUUGAGCCUUGUGGCUUGAGCCCAAGCAGGAGAAAUGAUGGCCAGGAGGGUAAAUACAUAUGGAAAUGUUCCGACCUUGCUUGAUGAGGUCAAGGCUGGAUGUUCACUGCCCAAAAUUUGAUUUUUCUCUCCCUUUUUUAUUCCUUAUGUGCUUUAUCCCAUGUGUGACUCCCAACUGGGACAGAGGCUGGAUACAUCAUGGGGUCUAUAUGGGUAAUGGGGGCUGAGCUGAAAGAUAAGAUGGAGAAUUUAGUUUGAUCUUACCCCGAAUGAAAACAUUUCUGGUUCCCCACUCAAUUAAUCAACCCCUUUAAAUAUAACAACACAAAACAAAAAUGCUGCAUUCACUCAAGUGGAAGCCUUGCAUUUUCCUCUAAGAGGUUUUCACCUGCGCUCUCCGCAGGCUGAGAUUUAUUUCUGAGCAUCAUCUCAAAAUGGGGAGAAAAAAACCCCAACCCUGAAUAAUUUUUGGCUUUUAAACAGUUUUUUCCCCAUUUUUUUUUUUCUGGGAGAGUGAACAUGACUGGUUUGUCUUCUUGAACAUGCUUUUUUGGGGUUUGAUUGGGGUGAUGUGGAACAUCCCAAGACUGUCCUAAGAGUUGGAGGGGGUACAUGGCUGGGGGGAGGCUGAGGCAGCACUUAAAAGGUGCCCCAAAAAAGAGGCAAAUAUUGGAAAAAUCUGCACUCCAUUAUGAAAAGGGAGCACAGCUCUCCUGUAAUCUUCAGAAAUGACCCAGCCUGCUGACUUUGAACUACCCACAUAAAACCAGGGGUGAAAAAUGUAAACUUUCCUAUGCAGAGCUGUUUGAUUUCUGUGUUCCCAGGUGGGAAACCCCACAGAAGCAUUUAUUAUGAAGCUUUAAAUAAAAUUAUUUAAAAACAUA